AUGAAUAAUCCGAGAGUUAUGAUACCGCGGCUGAUUGAACGAUUGCAAAAGAAGGACUUGGAAUGGCGUGAAGUGCAGCAAACGAGUAACGAGUUGUGGCGCAGUGAAACCGAAAAGCAAUAUGCAAAAAGUCUCGAUCAUCAGGCGCCCAUUUUUAAGCAUCGUGAUUUCAAAGAACUUCGACCCAGAAAUAUCAUCAGCCAAUACGAGAAUUUAUAUGAUGAACGUGCCGAUCGCCUGGAACAAGGCGAAGAAUUGUACGGACCACACUGUUUAUAUAAAUAUCCAGAAGAUAUGAGCGUC